AUGCAUUCGCUUCGGGAGGUGUCUUUGAGCAGGGAGGGCUUCGAGGGCCCUACUGUCCAUCGGGCUAUGGAGACACUUCAAUCGCCCUCGAUCCGAAGUCUGUCCCUACAUGGGGUUUCCAAAGAAAGCAUCGAUGACGCGAGGCUUUGGGCAUUACAAGAAAGUGCUGAAGGUAUAUUGCGUCUAAUCAACCGGUCCAAAGAGCUGGCCAGCUUCUCCUUCGGCAGCGUCUACAAUAACACCAACUACUUUGACCUGCCCAUGUUCGCGACCAUGCUGGACAAGCACAAGCACACCCUCACCAAGCUGUCUAUUGGGUCUCUCGCGACUUCUGGAAGGGGAAUAAUCAUCGACCUGUUCGAGUUCACGGCCCUGGAGGAUCUGCAGUUGUCCGUGUGGCAGCUCUUGCGGCCGGUGGAGGCUGAGGAGCGCUUUACUUUUCGGACCUAA